CGUUAGUGAAUCAUUAAGCAGUGCACACACAUGUUUAUAUGAUACACCCACAUAAAUGCACAAACAAAAACUGUGACAAACAUUCUUGCACACGCACUUGAGGAACAAUAAGAUUCAGCAGCAGGAGAAACUUGCGUUCAUGUGGCUGCUUCUGCGGCGCUGUGGGUGAGAGGGGGUGUGUUCGGAUCCCGCUGGAGGAGCCAGUUACGCCGAGGAUGCGUCAGGGAGCAUGACUGCUGCCGGAAAGGGGCAUGACAUGAUCUGUCAGAAGGCAGUGUCUCUCAUAGUUGACCUCUGUACGCAGGACAGCCCGCAGCUGGACCACAACACCUGUGAGGAGUUCCUCUUUCUCAUCUCCAAUCAAGAGUACAACCACAAGGAUUCGGACAUCGCUGUUGGUCUCCCCAUCGGUGUGAUAAUAGCGUGUGGCUUGGCGCUGCUGUUGCUCGCUGCAUUCGUCUCCUGGAAGCUGUGCUGGGUCCCUUGGAGGAACAAAGCCCUCUCGUCGAGUUCUGCGGCCCUCGCACCUGACGACUGCCCCUCGGUUCAUUUACCAUCUCUUCUGCCCAGUCCUCAGCCGUCUGAGGUCAAUAUGGCGACAGAGAAGGAAAAGUAUCCUUUGGCAUCAAUGGGCUUCCUGGAGGCAGCUGUUAAAAUAAGUCAGACCUCUCCCGACAUCCCUGCUGAGGUGCAGCUCUCCAUGAGGGAGCACUUCCUGCGCCGUACGCAGCGCAUGCAAAGACAGACCACAGAGCCGGCGUCAUCCACCAGGCAUAGUUCCUUCAAACGUCACCUUCCUCGUCAAAUGCAGGUAGGGAGUCUGGACCUGGGAGAUGACUAUGAUGUGGAUGAGCAGCCAACCAGCAUUGGCCGUAUCAAGCCUGAACUCUACAAGCAAAUGACCACAGACAACGACGAAUCCGGCAACAGCAAAGGUGGCAAAAACUGCGGCAAGAUCAACUUUUCCCUCCGCUAUGACUAUGAGAACGAGAUGUUACUUGUCAAGAUACUCAAGGCAUUUGAUCUCCCAGCCAAGGACCUUUGUGGCAGCUCUGACCCAUAUGUCAAGAUCUACCUGCUGCCGGAUCGGAAGAAGUUCCAGACACGAGUCCAUCGUAAAACACUCAACCCCACGUUUGACGAGUCCUUCCAGUUCCCGGUACCCUACGAUGAGCUUCCCAUCAGGAAGCUCCAUCUCAGUGUUUUCGACUUUGACAGGUUCUCACGGCACGAUAUGAUCGGAGAAGUCAUACUGGACAAUCUGUUUGAAGUGUCUGAUCUCUCAAGGGAGACCUCCAUCUGGAGAGACAUUCAGUAUGCUACCUCUGAAAGCGUGGACCUUGGGGAGAUCAUGUUCUCACUCUGCUAUCUACCUACAGCAGGCAGAUUAACACUCACUGUCAUCAAAUGCAGGAACCUAAAGGCAAUGGACAUCACAGGAUAUUCAGAUCCCUAUGUGAAAGUAUCCCUCAUUUGUGAUGGAAGACGCCUGAAAAAGAAGAAGACGACAACAAAGAAAAACACCCUGAAUCCCACUUAUAAUGAGGCCAUUAUCUUUGACAUCCCUCCAGAGAGCAUGGACCAAGUCAGCUUGCAGAUCUCAGUCAUGGACUAUGACCUGGUGGGGCACAAUGAGAUAAUUGGUGUGUGCCGUUUGGGCAGUGGUGCUGAAGGUUUAGGUAGAGACCACUGGAAUGAGAUGCUUGCAUAUCCCCGUAAGCCAAUUGCACACUGGCACCCCCUGCUGGAAUCUAAGAAAUCAGAAAAACAGUGGAAAGCUAGAACAGCCAGUUUUGACAGUCAGGGGUCUUGUCCCUCCCCCAAACCUCCUGCCAGCCCUUGAUCAGAGCCAUAUGUAAAACUACAGGCUCAGCAUCCUCUGUUUGUCACUCCUAUGAAAACGAGAGCCCUGCUAUUUCAAUUUUCUCCUAUGGGUUGCUUUAGAUGGUUCCCAAACACUGAUCUAAGAGCCUGCUGUCUUUGCCCUGAUGUUCACCAUGUUCAAGCUGUUCCAGUUCGUACGAUCCUCAGUCAAUUCUUAGGAGUGUUGUACAAACCUCUGUACCUAGAAUACUAUUCAAAGCCAAUGUUGUGUACCUAGAAUAGGUUGGUAUCGUCAGCGGAGAUGUUUCUUUCCCAUAUGAAUUUUCCUGAAGUAUUGAAAUCCGAUGCAGUGUUCUGCAAGCAGUCUAUGCGCAAACAGACGUUUCUGCACAACACUGCAAGGCUCUUUGUAGAUGGCUCUGCUCUGAUCUAAAGACUUUGAAAGUUGGAUCAACUCUUGGAAGUACUGGGAAUGAGGUCAGAAAGGUUGGUGUAUACAGUAAAAUACUGAGGGAAAGGACAUUGUUUUGUGUGAAUGAGAAAAAGAAAGGAAUGGAUUUGUCAUGUGCUGUAUACUACGAACAAACCCUUUUCUUUGUCAAAUCCUUGUAUGAAAACUGUGUGAAGGUACACA